GAGAGAGACGCCGCGAGCCCGAGACACGACGACGCUUCUCUCCUUUCUUUUUUCGCUCCCCCCUUUCCUCCUCCUCCUCCUCCUCCUCCUCUCCGCCGCAACACUAAGUAACUCCGGCGCAACGUUCCCUCCCGCAGAGACUCGGCAGCGGAGCAGCUUCUUGGAUCUAUACUCGCUGCGCUCCGGCUCGAGAUUUUUUGAUUCCUCCGCCGACGGCAUUUUGUCUUCUUUUUUUAAAAACAUUUUCUUUUUUGUUUUUUCAAGAAACUACAAUUCCUGCGGGACUUCUUCUCUCAAGCUGCCCAAGUGCGCAGCAGUUCUCCGGGUCGCCUGCCUGCCCUUUCACCGUGGAUCUACUUUGUUUUAUCCUGGGGCGAAUGCACGCGUAGCCCCCCCUGCUCCAAAAACAAAAAAACAAUACGACUAUUAAUAAUAAUAAUAACAUUAAUAAUAAGGGAAUAAUAACACAACUUGGAUUAAACGGGCAGCAGAUGUUGUGCGGCCGUCUGGACGUGUCCCCUUCCGCGCGGAUGGAGUUUUGCUAGCAGGUUUUUGGGUUGAUGGAUUUGACGCUAUGGAUGGUUGCACAUAGGUUUUCCGAUGCAUGCCAAGUCCACGGUGAAUGUCGGAUGUGGUGAUCCCCCCAGAUGGAGCUCCAAAGUCAACAUGGCCCCGGCGGUUCAUUAGUGGUGAUCCAGCAGCCUUCCCCCGAGAGCCGGCAGAGGUCGGAUUACGAGCGGGAGCUCCAGCAUGCCGCCAUCCUCUCCCUGGACCAGAUCAAGGCCAUCCGCUCCAACAACGAGUACACGGAGGGGCCCUCGGUGGCGCGGAGGCCCCCGGCGCCCCGCGCGGCGCCACCCGCCCGGCCCCAGGACAAACAGGAGAGGACUCACGAGGUCGUCAACGUGAACAACAAUUAUGAGCGCCGGCCGCCGUUGCACCACCACCACCGCGGCGGCGUGGUGGCGGCGGCGGCCCGGGCGCCUCCGCCGGCGCUCAGCCGCUCCACGAGCACGGGGAGCGCCGCCAGCUCCGGGAGCAACGGCAGCGCCUCCUCCGAGCAGGGGCUCCUGGCGCGCUCGCCGCCCGCCAGGCCCGGCGGCGGCGCCCCGCAGCACCGGGCGGAGCGGCCCGUUCGGACUCAGCCCAAACCCAAGAGCUUUUCGCAGGGGGAGCACUUCCAGCCGCCUCCACUAGAGGCGCCGCUCAAGCCGACGCAGGGCAAAGGGACAUCUGACUUUUCUGGCCCCGGCAAAGGGGCGGCGGCGACCGACGGCAACGCCGCCGCCGCCGCCGCCGCCGGGCACCAGUUCAUCUGCGAGCGCUGCGGGAAGUGCAAGUGCGCCGAGUGCACGGCGCCGCGCAGCCUGCCGUCGUGCCUGGCGUGCGACGGCCAGUGCCUGUGCUCGGCGGAGAGCGCCCUGGAGCACGGCACGUGCAUGUGCCUCGCCAAGGGCCUCUUCUACCACUGCUCCAACGACGACGAGGGCGACUCGUGCGCCGACCACCCGUGCUCGCUGUCGCGCUCCCACUGCCGCUCGCGCUUCCUGUGCAUGGGAUUACUGUCGGUGGCGUUCCCCUGCCUGCUGUGCUACCCGCCGGUCAAGGGCUGCCUGAAGGCGUGCCAGGGCUGCCACGACCGGGUCAGCCGGCCCGGCUGCCGCUGCAAGAACUCCAACACGGUGUACUGCAAGCUGGAGAGCUGGGCGCCGCGGGGCCAGGAGAAGCCCUCCUGAUCCGGACUCUGCGGGCGUGGAUCGUAGCGGCGGGCGGCGGGCGGGCGAGUCGCGCGUUCGACGCCCGUCGGAACAUUUCUCGGCGCCUCCCCGCGAGAGGAGCGCCGGAGUGACGAGAAGAAAAACCACUCAAUUUAUUUUUUAUUUCCUCUGGAUCAGGACCGUGUUUUUACAGACCAGUGUUGGCCUUAAACUGUUUCUAUGUCUCUCCUCAGCUCCCCCAGCCGUUAACACUAUUAUUUAUAUUUAUAUAUAUAUAAAUAUAAUUACACACAUGUUUUUAGGUAGGCAGUUUUCCUCUUGGCCUCUCACCAAAUCUGUGAAGGACGAUCUACUUUAUGGGCGAUUAUGUAGCUGUUACCUGUUAUUAUAUAUAUAUUUAUAUAUAUAUUAAACUACAUACUUAUAUAUAACUAAAUACAUAUAUAUAUAACUAAAUAUAUAUAUAUAACUAUAUAUAUAUAACUAAAUAUAUAUGUGUGUGUAUAUAUAUAUAUAAAUACAUAUAUAUAUAUAAAUAUAUGCAUGUGUUUAUACAUAUAUGUAAUUAUAUAUAUAUAUUUAUUUAGUUCUAUUUAGUACACAUAUGUAUAUAGAUAUAUUUAUAUAUGUAUAGAAAGCAGGUAUGUUUGACUUUAUUGGUUCCUCAUGUUGCAUUAAUGAAAGCACAUCCAUCUCAUAGUAUUUUUCUUUGUUUCCACUUGGAUAUGUUUCUCUCCUCCAUCACGAACUCUUCACACACGUCCUGUGGCAUUCUCCCAUGUUUGUUUGUUUGUUGUCGUUUUUAUUUUUGUGUAAAUUGUAUCCACGAGAGGAAUUCCGGCUAUUUUUUAAGAGAGAAAAAAUGUCUGUUUAAAACAUUUUUCUUUUCCUUUUUUUCUCUGUUGUAAAAAAAUAUUUAUUAUGUGAAGCUCUAUUAUUAUUUUAUGAUAUUUAUUGCAAGAGACAGUCUUAAAAUGUACUCCCCAUGUCUGAAUAUAACAAAAUAUCAAAUACUUACUGAAAAAAAUUAAAGGGUGGCACAAAAGAAAAACUGUUAACUUUAAUGCAGAAAAAAUAUAUUAAUUAAUGGAAAAAAAAACUCA